UCCAAUAUUUUCAUUCAUCAUACCUCCCGUUCCCUAUUCUAUUCACCCUCCGAGAGGUUACAGGAAAUUGGAAGGGAUAGAAGGCUUAAUUGCAGUUCGGUCACUUUCAUCACAUGCAACUAAUCUUCGUAAAGCAAAAGGUUGGCGAGAAGAUACGCAACCUUCCUCAGGAAGGACUUCUUCCCGCUCAUGGGGAGAUACCCGUGGGCUGGAAAGAAAGCUCUGUGUGUUAUUCUCGCGCCACAGAGCCACUCUCCCCGACGAUACAACUCCCUGACUGGUCUGGGGCAGCUGGGAAGGAUGGCAAGGCGGCCGAACUGGGGCGGAAAGAGCCGACGGGUCCAGGUGCAAGUCCGGAGGACUCCGCGCCAGGCCCAGUCGGUGGAACGGCGGAGUGCACCGUGGGCGGCCAAUUGAAGGGUCUACCGGCGGGGGUGUCAUCAGCUCGGGGAGGACCCUCGGAGGCAGGCGAGGCGGGCGGCGGGCAAACCUUCGCCCCUCUUAGAGGCGCGGAUUCCUUGUCCACACCCGCCGCUGCGGCAGGCCUACCGGUAAGUCCGCCGCGGAGAGCAGGAACACAGGCGGCGCGGGGGGAAUCUCAUCGUUGUCGUCGUUCGUCCACUGCAUCCGUUGUGGUUGCUGACGGGGCCAACGGAGGAGUUGGGGUAGGCGGCGCGGGGGGAAUCUCAUCGUUGUCGUCGUCAUCACUUCCGAACGCAAGCGCCGCAGGUCGGGUCACAGACGAGCCGCCUGUGGAGAAAUCUGUGAUCGUGACACGUUGCAAGCCAACAGGCAAUGUCAUCAACAGCGAGGAAUCCAUCGAGCAACCGCCGCCACCUGUCUUACCUGUCGCUGCUGCGCUGAACGGGGGAGAGGGAGAGCUGACUGGGAAGGGUACAAAAUCGGAAGGGUUGGAACUUGGGAGAAACAGGCUUGAAGAGGAGGAGAAGGAGGCGGAAGCGGCGGCGGCGGCGGAAGUGACAUCGCGGGAAGCAGGGGAGGGAGGGACGAUGGUGGAGAAAACGGCGGAGGUGGGGGAGGCGGCGCCGGCCGCCACUCCGCCGUCAUCGGGCUCGGUGGCGGACAUUGGUUCUUCGCCUCCGACCGGCGCGGGGGAAGGGGGAUCUACCCCGACUACGGCGGAGCAGGGGGCGGCGCCGCCGCCGGCGGCGGCUUCCACCGGCUCUCCCGAUCACGUCUCCCCCGUUGGACCUCUAUCGAGUCCCAUUCCCGCCAAAAAGCAUCCUCUCUAUAAUCACUGGACUUUGUGGUACGAUGCCGGCUCCAGCGGCGGCGGUCGAGGCGGCCCUGGUGGGCGUCAAGCUGCGUGGGGCAGCACUCUUCGCCAAGUAUACUCGUUCGGCUUCGUCGAAGAUUUCUGGUGCAUGUACAACAACAUCAAGCCUCCCAGCGAUCUGCGGAAGGGCACCGAUCUGCACAUGUUCAAGCGCAAUGUGGAACCUAAAUGGGAGGACCCGGUCUGCGAAAAAGGCGGGAAGUGGACGGUUGCGUCCCCUGCAAAGCAAGUCCUAGAUGCGUUCUGGUUGAAUACCUUGUUGGCCUUGAUUGGAGAGCAGUUCGACGAGGGGAAUGACAUCUGUGGUGUUGUCGUCAACAUCAGAGAUAAGGAUAGGAUCUCCUUGUGGACAUCAACGGCGACGAAUGAGGUGCGGCAGAUGUCGAUUGGCAAGCAGUGGAAGGUCGUUCUUGAUUUGAAUGAGAAGUCGAUGAUGGGUUUCACGGCGCACGAGGACGCCAAGAGUGGCGGUCGCAGCAAAAAUAAGGAGUUGUACUACAUUUAGUCGGAUUGGAUCGGUACACAAACCGUAACGGAUAUCUUCUUUCUUCUUUCUCUCCGAUGGUGAUGGCUAGAAUAAGAGUGAUGUUGACAGAGCAUGAUGAUGGCGAAGGGGGGGCAUUUUGAUGUGAUUGCUUGAUUGAUUGAUUGAUUGAUUUUUUUUUUUAUCAGACUGCUUUACAACGCUGAUGUAUUUGCAAUGCUCUUCUGCCUUCUCUUGUCUCUCUCUCCCUCUUUCAAGUCUCUCUCUCUCUCUCUCUGUCUCUACGUGCUCCGUCUAGUCUAAGAAUCUCCACGCCUCUUAAUCAAUACGUAUGGUCAGG